CCCCGCCCCGCCUCGCCAGUGGCAGCGGCCGCCCACACAGCGAGGGAAACUUCUCCAGCGAUCGCCUCCGCUACGGGACCUGCCGGCUGGCGACCAGUUACGCGCGGAGAGGCUGUGUGACGGGCUGUUCCUCGGUCCUCGGCGGAAGGGAUGGGAGCAAUGAUGCCGUCUCCGCGAACCGUGAGCCAGCUGCUCCUCCCGCUGGCCCAGGAACCGCCAGCCGGUGCGAGGCGACGCCGCUCUCCCUGUUUGCUCGCCGCCUUCCUCCUCCUGCUCCUCAACGGCUCCACUGCCCUGGGAAUGCGCAUCAUUCAAGUGACUUUCUCUGGUAAAGGUCCGGAGUUCUCAAUGCCUGCCCUGAAGUUUGCUUACAACGGCAAAGACACUGUUCACUUUAAUUAUACCACAGAAAAGUUUGUGGCCAUCGAUCCACUUGUAAAGUCUUACGUGAAAGAGCUGAACUCCGAUGCAAAGCUUAUCAAAAACGUUAACAACUUUGUUAAUGACAUGCCUUUUGCCAUGGAGAUAAUUCACCAGAAUCUUCAAGCUCUGACUGCGAAGCCGACUAUCACAAUAACCUCAAGACCCCUGAAGAACAGAAAGAAUUCCUUGGUCCUGAGUUGCCAAGUGUGUGGAUUUUAUCCCAGGGAUAUCCACACAACAUGGCUGCGAAAUGGUAUGGCGAUCGACCAGGAAGUGCAAAUGACAAAAAUUUUACCCAACCAGGAUGGGACGUUCCAAGUCCAGCUACAGGUCGAAAUUGACCCUGGGAAGGGUGACACUUAUACUUGUGAAAUCAAGCAUUUGAGCAUCCCUGACAAGCUGCAUGUAGUUUGGGAUCCCAGGAAUACCUAUCCAGUCUACGGAUAUGUAAUUGGAAUAAUCGCUGGAAUAAUUGGCAUUCUGAUUGCAGUGGCUGGAGGAAUAAUCAGGUGGAAAGCUCAUCAUGGCUCUCAAUGUGGGAUAAAGUGGAUUCAAGACUUCAUAUUUUCAAAUGCAAGAACCUCUGUUAAAUGCCCAGACAUCUGCUUACACUGUGAAGAUCGCCUUCUGCAUGUUGAACUUGACCAGUUGCCGAAGUCUGCCUCUGAAGCUUGAAACUGAACUGUCGAAUUCACAAACUGCUGGUGCUUGGAUACCUGGUGACUGCUGUCUCCAUUCUCGUCCGCCCGGCAUGCAUUGGAAAUCACCUGCUCUUUACCUUGUGUUUAACCCAUUUCAAUUUGAUUUCCUAUUCCCAUUCCUGCGCGGCAGAGUCAACAUACGUCCCUACUAAAGGUGUGAGGUGCUCCUUCCCUCUGCUAGCCUGAAGGUGCAUAAAUCCUGAUUUUGCAACCAUUGACAAUUGACAACAGCCUGGCAGACCAUCUCUGGAGAGUAUUGAUAAUGGUUGGAAUCACUCGUUUUGUAAAACAACUCACCAGAAGAAAGCAAUGGCAAACCACUUCUGUAGAAUUUGCCAAGAACCUAUGACCAUGAUCAUCCACAUCCUACAACAUGGCACAUGAUGAUCAUAAUUCCCACUCCCACAACUUCCUCUACUCCCACGAUGAGGUCAAACUCAGGUUGGAGGAGCAACACCUCAUAUUCUCUAUGGGUAGCCUCCAAUCUGAUACCAUAAAUUUAGAUCUUCUACUUUCAGGAAAUUGUUUCCUCAACCUUUUCCUCAUAUAUUCCACAAUCUGGCUCCCCUCUUACCUCUUCCCUUAUCACCUGCUCAUUACUUACCUCUGGUGCUCCUUCUCUUUCCCUUCCCUCUGCGGUCAACUAUUCUCUCCUAUCAGAUUCCUCCUUCUUUAGCUGUUUACUUUUCCACCUAUCAUCUCCCUGCUUCUCACUUCACCCCACCCCCCCACCCAACCACCUUUCUCUGACCUCACCUAUGGCCUGUCAGCUUCUUCCUCUCCCCUCCCUUUCCUUCCCCUUCCUUUCCAGUCCUGAUGAAGGCUCUCGGCCUGAAACAUCAAGGGUUUAUUUCCCUCCACAGAUGCUGCCUAACCUGCAGAAUUCCUCCAUCAUUUUGUGUGUGUUCUGGAUUUCCAGCAUCUCUUGUGCUUAUGUUUAACUGCAGUGCUGGAGACCAGUGUUGUCAAUGCCUGCAAAGAAGUUAUCAAGAGGUGCUGAAUCCUACAUCCUGAGGUAAAAUUAACCUCUGAGCAAAAUCUUUCUGUUGCCGCACAUGCUUGUAAGAAUGAAGAAUGUUUGUAGAUCCAAAUAAAAUCUGAACAAUACACUUUGUCAUCCAGCAGCAAGAUUAUUCAAGUUCAGAAAACUAAAAUACACUCAUUGGCCACUUUAUUGGAUGUCACUUGUAUACUUGAGGUCUUCUACUGCUAUAGACAAUCCUCUUCAAGGUUCUACAUGCUGUACAUUCAGAGAUGCUCUUCUGCUCCCCACCGCUGUCAUGCAUGGCUAUUUGAAUUACUGUCACCUUCCUGUCCGCUUGAAACAGUAUGGUCAUUCUCUUCUGAACUCUCACACUGACAAGGCAUUUUCGCAUAAAGAACUGACACUCACUGAAUAUUUUUUUCUUUUUCUUACCAUUCUCUGUAAACUGUUGUGCGUGAAAAUCCAACAGAGAUCAAAUU